AUGACCAAGAAACGUGUCCUCGUCGGCUAUGGCAUCGAUGUCGACGCCGUGUCGAACCAUAUCAACACCACCAACGGCGGCAAGCCGAACUUGAUGAAUAUUUCGAGAGGUGUCUUUGGAGCCACCCGCGGAGUCGAGCGCUUGCUCAAAUUGUUCGAGCGCAAGAAUAUCAAAUCUUCGUGGUACAUUCCCGGCCAUAGCAUCGAGACCUUUCCCGAGGAAAUGGCCAAGAUCCGUGACGCAGGACACGAAAUUGGCCUGCAUGGCUAUACGCACGAGUUUCCCUCCGAUCUUACGCGAGAUCAGAAUGAAGCCAUCUUGAUCAAAACCAUCGACAUUCUAACCAAAUUCUGCAACGGCCAAAAACCAAAAGGCUUCACCGCUCCAGCCUGGAAAAACAGUCCCGACCAGAUCGAACUGCUGGAAAGGCUGGGCAUUGGAUACGACCAUUCGUUCAUGCACGACGAUUUCCAAGCGUACUACGCAUCGACUGGGAGAGAAGAGGUCGUACUGACCGACUACACGAAAAACCCCACCGAAUGGAUGGUGCCAAUGAAGCACGCGCAGAAGUCGGGGGUGGUUGAAAUUCCUGCUUCCUGGACCCUCGACGACUGGCCGCCUCUGCAGUAUAUGCCUGACAGACCGAACAGCCAAGGCUUCGUCGACACGUACACGGUAGAGCGGCAGUGGCGCGAGCAAUUCGAAUGGUGCUACCGCGAAUACGACACCUUCAUCUUCCCCAUGAGUAUUCAUCCUCAAGUCAGCGGCCGACCGCACGUUCUGAUGAUGCAUGAGAGGAUUAUCGACUGGAUCAACCAACACGAAGGAGUUGAGUGGUGCACCUUCGCCGAGAUGGCCGAAGAGUUCAGUCACGGAAGGAUAUGA